GCGGGCGGCGGCGGUCUUGGUUUGGUUUAUGAAUGUCGCCUAGAAACUCGAGAAAAGCACAUUGCUAAGCGUGUCCCCCUUGGCGGCUGGGACAAACAUAGAGGCUUCCCAAUCCUGUUUUUAAAGGAUUUAAUUUAAAGAAACUGGAAGAGGCCGAGCCUUCACCAAUCAUUGCCCGUAGCUUAGACCGAGCCAGUUAGAGGAGAGAAGGGUCGAUAAGAAAGCUACCUGUCUUAGCGAAAGCCAAUACACUUGGAAACCCUUCUACAGUACUGUGUGGUUAAAUGGGAUUUCUCCUCCUCUGUUUACCAGUUGUUUCGUCCGGGAUAGUGUCUGUCAAAAAUCGGGGAUGGAGGCUCCCUGUCCAGAGAUACUCUUAUCCUACCAGUAGCAACAGAGGUUUCUCGUAACUUUUAACUCUGGCAGAAAAAAAAAAAUCUCUAUUGUACGAUACAUGCCUUUGUUUUGCAGCCUCGUUGAUUUGGUAGAGAUGCCGUUGGGAUCUAUCUGAAUUUGGAAGUGAAAUGUUUAUCCAUAGAAGAUCUCAAAGUGGUAUAUAUCAUCCUCUCCCCUUGCUGCACAACAAUAUUGUGAGCCACGCUCUGAAACGAGCCCAUAAAGGAAUAUCAUAAUCCAAACGGAAUUCCUGAUAUAGCAGACUCUGUCUACAUGAAAUGCAGAUUGGUGGCCUGAGUCCUCCAAUAGCCUGCGAUAGGCAGAAUUCAAUUUACACAGACCACCGUCCAGCGACGAACAGCGGCCACCCUCCAGCAGGCAGAUGGAAACUGGACGGUCUCUGACAUCAGGAGCCCUGACGCUCGCGACGUAAGGCUGCGGUGGGGCCGAGCGAGCGUUGGCGCGACGGGCUAGGACUUCGUGCAGGGCUGCGCAUGCGCCGCCUGGUAGUGGCUGUUGGUCCAAGAAGGCUGGGGCUGCUACCUAGAAGGUGAGUAGAGCCUCGGGACGAUCGGACUAAGCUCGCGAAAGAGGGCCGUUCCCGUUCCCUUCCGGCGGGGAGCCUGGUUCUUGGGUUUGGAAGAAGGCGGGAAUACAAGGACAGGCAAGGAAUCUUUGCUUAUCAAAGGUGGAUCAGUUGCUUUUUAUUUUCCUCCUAUCUUGGGAGAAGUAGCAUCUUCCUUGCCUUUUGAUUUCUGUGUUUUGGAGGCCUUUUAACUCUUUCCAGAAUGCAGAGAUGCACUUGAUACUUUCCUUGGGGGCCUGGUGUUGUUUAUGAACAGUAAUAAAAGCCUGGGCUUGCUUGAUUUCAGACUGUCUCUUCCUAUAUUGGGGAAAGAGGUGGGCCGUGGAUCUUGGCUUUACAGUCAUCAUUAACCAAAAGAAAUGGAGGAGAAGGAGCGAUGUGAUCAAUUCAGUCUGACACUCCUAUGCUAAAUUAUCUCAAACAAUUUUUCAAGGGAAAAAUCAGAGGAGAAGAGAACAAUAUACUAAAAGCAAUUUCUUCAAGUUAAAGAAGCAAGUAGGAGAAUGGUAGAAGAAUGGUUCAAAUUUUGAAGUUGCUUUUGCAGCUAUCAAAUAAAGACAACAAUUGAAAUCAACUGCCGGUCUAUUAUUUUGCUCAAGUUGUCUAUAAAGAAAAGGGCAGUUCGCUCUUUGUUUCUUUUGUACAAAAAGAACCUUCAGAAACAUUAUCUCCAAUCUUCACAUCAACACCACUUUAAAAAAAUGAGUUGCGUACCAUGGAAAGGUGACAAAACAAAAUCGGAAUCGCCAGAAACGCCACAGGUGAUGCCAGUGCACAUUUAUCAUGAAAAACAACGCAGAGAGUUAUGUGCCCUCCAUGCUCUCAAUAAUGUCUUCCAGGACAGCAAUGCCUUUACACGAGACACAUUACAGGACAUUUUCCAGAGGCUAUCUCCCAAUACCAUGGUGACACCACACAAGAAAAGUAUGCUGGGGAAUGGGAACUAUGAUGUGAAUGUCAUCAUGGCAGCUCUUCAGACCAAAGGUUAUGAAGCAGUUUGGUGGGAUAAGCGCAGGGAUGUUAACGUGAUUGCCCUUUCCAAUGUCAUGGGUUUCAUAAUAAAUCUGCCGUCAAGCCUCUGCUGGGGACCACUGAAACUUCCUCUUAAAAGGCAACAUUGGAUCUGUGUCCGGGAAGUGGGAGGAACCUACUAUAACCUUGACUCCAAACUAAAGGUUCCUGAAUGGAUUGGUGGUGAAAGUGAGCUCAGGAAGUUUUUAAGAAACCAGCUGCAAGGAAAGAACUGUGAACUUCUGCUGGUAGUACCUGAGGAGGUAGAAGUACAUCAAAGUUGGAGAGUUGAUGCAUGACCUGCAAAAUAUCUUAUCUUUGCACUACAGUACUGGUCCUUCUCCCUUCCAACUUCUAAUGUCCUGUGAUGUGGAUAAUGAGCACUAUUCUCUCCCCAGGAACUUUCCAUUAUGAAGGUGCAAUAAGGCAGUCACAAGGUACUGUCAGGGCCAAAUCAGAUUAUUGAAGCUGGAUUUAGGGAAAGAGAUGGAAGCCAGUUUUGCAUUCUUUCAUUAUAAUGCAUAAUGAAUUAGGAAAGCGGUAUUGGAAUCCUCUCCAUUAAAUUCUGAUUAGCUUUCUUACCCAUCAUCCUAAAAUACUUUAUAUUGAAUUGUACACUACUGUCUGUAUUAGGAUGGUUUGUCUCUCCUUCAGGGGAAGUUUGAGGCCAGGCAUGUUCCCUUCAUAUCUACAACUCCCUUCUCUACCAAACUUAUGUUGAAGAAAUUUGCAAACGGUAUGGGUCUCUCAGGAAAUUUUAGAUACUCUUAGCAAUGGUCUGGUGCUUGUGGAUUCCCUUUUUAAAUAGUAAUUGUGCCAAGAAUUAGAGGACAUAUUGACAAAAUGGGACCAUAAUUCUGGAACUCCUAUUGGAGUUUGGGGUUUUUCUUUGUCAUACUUGACAUUUUUGUUGAUUUGAAUGAAAGAGUGAAUAAUUUGGGGAGAUAAUUGAUGCUUAUUUUUCAAAAACCUCAAGUAUUUUUGGUUAGUGGGUCAGGUACAGCCUCUUUUUAUUUAUCUCGUCUGUCCUGUUAAUUCAGGGAAAUAAUUCACAGAGCAGGGAAUAUAUCAACAGACUUCUUAAGGAUGAAAUCAUGACAUAAAAGGAAAUUAUAGCCAGGUUUUUGUAAGGUAGAAAAUUGCUGAAAAGGCAAAUGUUAAUUUUGUAAGCUAUUGUGGGGAACAAAUCCAAGGAUUAGAUUUUUGUUCCUAUUUCAGCUGAUAAUAGCUGAGGUUAAAAAGUUUCUAGGGAAGUUUGAUGCGGGUAGAUGAAGACUAUUUAAAACAGGUAAGCUGAGUUACAUUCUUCCAUUCCAUAUGGCAGGAAAACAUAAUCUCUCUUCUCUUUCCCACUAAAUUAGUAAAAGAGCUGAAGAUUGGCAGGAACCUUAUUAGUUUCCCCUUUCACUUCAUCUGUGCCUCAUUUAUUUUUGUCAGAAUUUACCCUGCUGCAUUUUUCAUUAAGUGUCAUUUACAUUAGUACUGAUAUAUCAAUAGGGCUUAUGUUUCCACCAUCAUCCUGAUAAGGUAAGGGCAAAAGUAACUCUUGUGACUGUAAAGGAUGCCUUUUGCUUUCUAUUCUGAGUGAAAGCGAGAUAGACACCUUUCAAUUUUGUACUUGAACUCUCCUUUCAAUCAAAUACUUUGAGGAUGACAAUGAGAUCAAGACAAAACCUGUUUAUGAUGCCUGGAUAAUUUGCAGGCCUAUACUGGGAAACUGAAUUGACUCUUCUCUGCAUGUACUACAGUCCAAACAAAAUACUUCUAGUUUAAUAGAAGCAUUCUUUUCUUCUGGACUAUACAUUCCAGUAGUAAAACCAGCUGACAUUUUUACAUAUACAUUUUUCAUAAGCAGAACAUUAGGCCUGAAGUUCUGCUUCUGACUUGAAGCCAUUUUUCUCAUGAAUUUUAAAAAUAUCAGCAGUAAAGACUAUUCUUUAUGCUGACUAAAACAGCACUUUGGAGAGAGCCUGUUUGCAUGGAAGCCAAUGGACCAGUGCAUAAUAUACAAAUACCUUUUAAAAAGUAAAGCUAUUUCUUUCCUCUCGGUAUAUUGAUGUCAUUGUUCUGCCCAUAGGGAAAGUGGUGUGAUUCAACAGCUCAGGAAAAGGGAACAUAUAAUCAUACACACUUCAGAACCAGAAUUAUGGCAUGAGAGGAGAAUAAUCAGCCCAGUCCAAUUGCUUGGGAAUAGAAAAGCCCAUGACUGUUUUCUUGCUUGUUUGGUUUUGUUAUAGCUUUGUCUUGGGUUUGUUUACAGAGAUGUAUUUUGUUUAACCAAAUAUUAAAAAUGAGAUAACCUUUCCCAAUGUGCUGAUACUUGUGUGUGAAAUUGAGCUGCUGUUUGUAAAAGGUGGAAAAAUUGUGCAUCUCAUAAAUUGACUAUAACUUACCUUACCAGUCUUUAAGAUAUUCUACCAGUGAAAAGUUCAGAAGCACACAUUAUUUUAUAAAUCUGAAAUUGGCCUAAUAAAGUUAUUGCCCUAUUAA